AUGAUCAUAGGUCCUGGGACAAAGGGAUGCCUGGCAUGGUUUCCCGCUGUGAAACUGAAAGUCCCGGAUCCGAGCACGGGAAGUCAGACAUCAAAAGCCAAGCUGGUGUACUGUUGGUCUAACGUCCUCACGGUGCUGGACGUAGAGGAGAUUCCUAGUGACGACAAAGACAAAUCACCCAGUUUGAAGUUCAAAGCACGGAGCCGGUGGAAAUGCGAGGAAGCGAUUGCCGCUGUGCAGUGGUUAAGCCGAUCUGUGCUGACAGUCCUAACUGUCUCGCAAAGAUUGAUAGUCCUCGAGGACCGGACAAUGCGGAUGACCGAGGCCUUCGAUCUUAUAUACAAGCAUAUCUAUCACGUUGACUUGUUUUCUAAACAGCUCCACAGCCUAGUAGAGCAAUUGGAUGAGGAGGACACAUCAAUGCAUGGCGUGGUGGCUGAUGCAUUUUACAUGAGCUUCAAAGCUUACAAAGGUCGAAUAUUCCUCUUGGGCUUCAAUGACGUCUCCAUUGGCGCGUUAUCAAACUGGGCCGAUCGUCUGAUCGCGCUUAUGGAAAAUGGGGACUAUGUUGGCGCCAUACAGCUGGCGACUUCCUACUACACGGGAGACGCGGACAAACUUACAGUAGGCCUCCCUGAAGAUGCUGAGCUAAGACAUCAGAUGGUGCGAGAUAAACUCAUCGAGAUCAUGAGCGCAUCCUUGAAAUAUGCCUUUGGCCAACGACAAAAGAACAGAUCUACGGCUGAUGACACCCAUCUUCAAGAACUGGCCGAAACAUGUUUCGUUGCAUGCCAAAGUGUUGAUGAUAGCGAUUUCCUGUUUGAUGAAAUGUUCGAAUGGUAUGAAGACGCUGGAGUUGAAGGAAUAUUCUUGGAAACCUUAGAACCCUAUAUUCUCGAGAAAACGAUCACGGCCAUUCCACCGGGCGUUGUCAAAGCGAUGAUCACCCAUUUCGUCGGCAAAGGACUCGAAAGCCGACUUGAAGAAAUGAUUGUGCAUAUGGACACUGCCACCCUGGACCUGGACCAACUGACGCUUCUCUGCAAGCAACAUGGGCUCUACGACGCCUUGAUCUAUGUCUGGAACCAGGCCCUGAGAGAUUAUAUCACGCCACUUAUUGACUUGCUGGCGCUCUUGGUUCCGCUGAUGCAGAACGGGGAAUACCUCGGAUCUGCCAAUGUAAUGGAGGAGGAAAUAUACGGGGUGAAUGCCCUCAAAAUAUUUCCCUAUCUGUCGUACGUCUUGACUGGUCGAAUUUACCCUAUCGAUGAGAGGAUCGAAGACGAUGUUGCUAUGAAAGCAAAGGCUGAGAUAUAUUGGUUCCUCUUUUCGGGAAAGAGCAUUACAUGGCCGAAAGGGAGCAAAAUGCGCUUUCUCACUAGGCCAGACCAGUCUCAGGAACCAUCAUUCCCGUAUCUUCGGAUGAUCUUGAAGUUUGAUGCCCCAAGUUUCCUAAGUGCCCUCAAUGAAGCGUUCGAGGACUCUUUUCUGAACGAUUCUCCUGAUAAGCAAGUCAACGGUGGUGCAAGAGGAGAGUUACCAGAAGAACAGAUCUUCGGCCUUACUGUGGACAGACAGUACAUUGUGUCUAUACUGACGGAGAUCAUGAAUCCUGCAGACUUCGCAGCGGAGGACACCAUCUACUUAGACAUGUUCAUUGCUCGGAACAUGCCUAAAUACCCUCAAUAUUUGCUCAUUCCCGGCUCAUCUCUCACCAAGGUCCUCACAGGCCUCUGCAACUACCCCGGUCCAGACUUGGCUGAAGAUGCUCAACUUAGUGCGGAAUACUUGCUCUCGGUCUACCAUCCUCCAGACGUGUCGUCCCUGAUCCCGUUAUUCAAGACGGCAGGCUUUUAUCGGAUCCUGAAACGUAUAUAUAGGACCGAUCAGCAGUAUGGAAAACUCCUGCAAACGUAUUUUGAAGAUCCCGAUGAUCAGGAAGAAGUGUUCAACUGUAUCGCGGAAUGUCUCCGGUCGCAGGCUGGUCUCACAAAGCGUCAGAUCCACGACGUACACGAGGUUAUAAAGAAUAAUGCCAGGCAGCUCGUCGAGCUGGAACCUGGCACAGCUGCCGCAAAGCUUGGCGCUUAUGCACCAGAGCUCCAUUAUCACGCUUUGGAGUCUAUCGAAGAUGAGCCUGAGCUGCAGUAUUUAUACCUGAGGGCUAUACUAGAACCCGAUAGUGAGCAUGGUGAUGACCUGAAGCCAUCGACGGACAGAGACUUGAUCGAGCGGUAUGUCCAGCUCAUGUGCAGGUUCGACGCUUCGCACGUUUCCGACUAUGUUGGAAUUGUCCAAGCAACCAAUCUUCGCCUUGACAAGCUUCUUCCCACAAUGGAAGAAACUGGCGUUAUUGAUGCCGCAGUUGUCCUCAUGGCUCGUGAAGGACAAGUCCAAGAAGCUAUGGGCCGCCUGAUCAAGCAUCUCAGAACUCUUGAAUCUGCACUACAGGGGCUGAUGACCGGUGCGAAGACCGAGAAUGGAACGGCCGACGUACAAGACUCUGCUGAAGAUCUCCUGAAGGCCCUCCAGAAUGCAGAUCACGCGGCACAUAUCAUCGGCUCUGGAAGUGUCCCCUGA